CGGAGAGUAAUUAGCGGUUUUAUCUUAACUGGCUGGCAAAUAAUCUAAUUGAGGGCCGAAGUUAAACAAAUAAUAUUGACCAGCUAUCAAAGUAUCAGAGCCAAGGAGUGAGUUGGCAGGCCUGUGCAUGCAAUCAUCUGUCAUGGCUGCCUCCUUUGGCAUAAAUGCAAUUCUUGCGGAUACUUAUCCGAAUAAUACAAACGCCGAUCUCAUUUCCUCUGCAGAAUCUCAAAAAAUGAUUGUCUCUUCUUUCUCUGAACAAGAAAAGGAAAUCACAAGGUUUUGUGAAGGAGAGGUAGCGAAUGAGCUGCUGAGUCCUGUUUUGAGAAGAGAAGAGCUCUCGAACACAGCAAGUUCGGCCAUUUAUAACAAAUAUAACUCCGAACACAACAAAAUCCGCAGAAGGCGCACCGCCUUUACAAGUGGUCAGCUUAAAUCUCUGGAACAGAAGUUUCGCGGCAAGAAAUACUUAACAGUUUCCGAAAGAACUUGCUUGGCGAAUGACCUCGGCCUCACCGACACACAAGUCAAAACAUGGUUUCAGAACCGAAGGACAAAGUGGAAAAAGCAAAUGUCGCCGGACUUUGUGGAAAGCCUACAUCGGGGACAAACCCUGCAAGACUGCAGUGCUCCAUGGCAAUCUCCCUGGUGUAAUUUGGUACCACGAUUUUGCCCAUCUUCAAACCUUCAAGUCGUCUAUUCAAAUAUGUCUUUGUACCCUUAUUUUGCACCUCGCAGUUUAGAGACCGAUCACUGACUCACAGUUUAUCGCAUGACUAAGUUCUAAGAAAGAAACUUAGAUUUCAAAAAUGCAUCGAAUGUGUGAUUCAAUUUGUCUCUUUCAGUGGUCAAUCCUCCACAUUUAAUUUGGAGUAUGAAAAUAUUUAAAGACCUAUUAGUUUUUUAUGAGGUAUUUAAAGUCAUGCUGUGCAUUUUUCUGAUUUGACAGUCCCAUAUUGUGAUAUGAGUCAUGAGUAUGGUCAUAAGACUGCAGCAUGCAGGUAAGCUGUAAGUCUGGUGAUGCCAUAAUUUGUGCCAGAUAAUAUAUACAGUCCAUCUGUGCUUCUGAUUCAGUGUGUUAAGAUGGAGAAGCCAUCAAAUAAACAACCGGAAGCCAAAAGCGGAAAGCAGUUUAAUUGAGUUUAGAAUUGACCAAGGUUGUGUCCGUCAACCCUUGUCAGCUCAAAAGAGAUUUCAGAAUGAAUUUUACACCUUAGUCUCAUCUGGUCGCUUAGUCAUAAGGUGUUCCCGAAAAUUGUGUCCCAGCAUUUGCGAUAUUUAAUAGUUCAAGUACCAACUUUUGAUUAUAAACUACUCAGUUGUUUAAAGAGA